AUUAUUGUUCAGUUGUAACAAUUGUGGACCAGACAAACGUGAAAUUAACUUGCACGCUCUUCAGUAGAAGCUACGAGGCUCUUCCCAUCAUUUAUAAAGUUGGAGACAUUGUUUGCUUCCGUGGGCUGAAGAUCCAAGCAUAUAAAAAUGAGCUGCAGGCAAUCAGCAACUAUGGUUUUGCAUCCUUGGCGUUUGAUGGCGCCGUAGGGUCUCCUUUCACACUGCGUACUGCAAACAAGAACUUCACCUUCAGUGCUCAGGACCACAGUAUGAUAGAGGCCUUGCGGGUGUGGGCGUCUACACACAUCUCAGCUGCUUCCGCUUUACUGCAGUUCUCUGACAUUCAACCCAUGCAGUAUUACGACCUGACUUGUCAGCUCCUGGGCAAAGCAGAAGUGGAUGGGGUGUCAUUUCUUCUAAAGGUCUGGGAUGGCACCAGGACGAAGUUUCCCUCUUGGAGAGUCUGCAUACAAGACCUGGCUUUCGAAGGUGACUUAAGUCACAUUCUGCGGCUACAGAAUCUGGUGAUAGACAUUGUAGUUUACGAUAAUCAUGUCCAAGUGGCAAAAUCCCUGAAGAUUGGAAGCUUCCUUAGAAUCUACAGCCUCCAUGCCAAACUUCAGCCAGUUAAUUCAGAGUCCACAACCUCACUGGUAAGACUGGAGUUUCAUCUGCAUGGAGGAACCAGCUAUGGUCGCGGGAUCAGGGUCUUACCAGAAAGUAACCCUGAAGUGGAUCAGCUGAAAAAAGCUUUAAAAUCUGUAGAUUUGACAGCCAUUCAGCCCUCAGAUGAUACAUAUCAAUCAGAAAACGAGGACAACUGUUUAACACCCUCAAGCUCCAGUUCAGACUUAGUUUCCCUAUACGAGGUAGAAAGUUGCCAACAACUCUGUGCUACAGUGCUUACAGAUCACCAUUAUUUAGAGACAAUACCGUUGUGCGCCAUUUUGAAGCAAAGAGCUCCUCAACAAUAUCGAAUCAGAGCAAAAUUAAGAUCAUAUAAGCCCAGACAGCUUUUCCAGUCUGUUAAACUGCUUUGUCCUAAGUGUCACUCAUUACAAGAAGUUCCAAAUGAUGAAAAUGUGGAUAAAAUUUUACAAGAUGCUUCAACUAAAGCCCCAGAUAGCAAGCUGCAACAUACAUUAUUGUAUGACUCAGAAGUCUGGGCCACGGAAGGCCAAGGCGGGCGGCAGGUGGCUGUCCAUUUUGUGAAAAAUGAUGGCAUUCUUCCCCUCUCAAGUGAAUGUCUAAUUUUGAUAGAAGGAGGACGGCUCUGUGAGAUCUCUAAACUGUCGAGCACGUUUCACAGUGUGAUCCCUGUGAGGUCCGGCCCUGAGGACCUGGAGGUCCUGGAUCUUGCAGCACCAUUCCUCGUAAGAGGAAAGGUGUGUCACUAUGGAUGUAAACAGUGCUCAAACUUGAAGCCCAUACAAAACCUAAGUACCGUUACUAAUAGAAGACUAUGGAUUCCUUCCUCUGUAGCAGAAGUUCUGGGCAUUGUACCUCUACAGUAUGUGUUUGUUAUGACGUUCACGUUUGAUGAUGGAACAGGAGUAUUGGAAGUUUACCUCAAGGAUUCUGAGAAAUUUUUCCAGAUCCCAGCAUCAGAUAUCCUCACUGAUGAUGACCUUCAGAGGAAUCUGGAAAGGAUCAUGAAUGCGAUUUGUCCUCCAGGAACAAAAAUUGAUGCAUACCCAUGGCUGGAAUGCCUCAUCAAGUCCUACAACGUUGUAAAUGGAACGGAGCAUCGGAUAUGUUACCAGAUAUUUGACACCAAGGUUGCAGAAGACAUCAUCUAGUGCUGCUUGGUACAGUGUGUGUGUGUGUGUGUGUGUGU